GUUACUGUCAUCGUCAUCCCCUUCUGCUGAGUUACAUUUACUUAUACACACAAAAUUCGCCGAGCAAAAGUGUUUUUAAAACUAGAAAAAAAAUAAAUAAAUGUAUAUGGCGAGCAUAAUACUGAUAGCUUGCCUAGCUAUACUGGGCUUAAUCAUUGCGAUAGCCCUAUUUUUGGCCGGUGGAUAUCUGUGGUGGCGGCACAAAAGGUCACAGCUGCAAUUUAUUGAACCCAAUGAAGACGAGGAAUCGAGUAACUACAGCUUAAGAGCUGCCCAGGACAUUUUAGAAUCUGGGAAUCCGCCGAGUAAGCCGCAAGUGCCCGUUGCCCAAGCAAUUACCAAUCCUUUACAAAAUAACAUUAAUCGAAAAUUGAAUGGAUUUUUAAACCUGCGAACGCCUCUCAUUGGGUGGGUACAGAUUUAUAAAAAUAUACCCGACUCUGGUUAA